AAAUGAGAUAACAGUUGCCACGUCUCUCAUUUCUCCUCCAUUUCUCCAGACUCCCGAUUGGCCACAAGACAACCAAGUACAACCCCAAAACCAAAUCUCUCUCUCUCUCUCUCCUUCUAUAACUUUAUCGCCGGAGAUCAUCUGCCGUAUCUACACUUUUCGGCAGCUAAACGGUAGCCAAAUCAAAUGUCACUUCUUGACGGUAAUCCAUCGUCGAGCUACGACCAGAGCUCUUCGUGGCGGAGCUCUUUUCUUGCUUCUAAAGAGAAUAAUAAAAUAGAGGAGAGUGAUGAAGAUCUUUUCACGGUCCCCGACGUGGAAGCUCGACCUAGCGAUUCGACGAGGACGGCGGAGGCUCAACAAGGCAAUAGCAGCAGCAGAGCAGCUGGAAAGCGUCGAAGGGGGCGAAAUCCCGCUGAUAGGGAGUAUAGGAGGCUGAAGAGGUUAUUGAGGAAUAGGGUGUCAGCCCAACAAGCCCGAGAAAGAAAGAAGAUAUAUGUCAGUGAUCUGGAGUCAAGAGCAAAAGAGUUGGAGGACAGGAAUUCCAAAUUAGAGGAGAAAAUCUCAACUCUAAUUAAUGAAAAUACCAUGCUUAGGAAGGUUCUUAUGAACACAAGGCCUAAAGCAGAUGACAGUAUUGAGCAAAAAAUUUAAUGGUUAGUCAGGCAAGAGUUAACCAGGCCAUUUUCAGUCUGGUGUUGCUUGGAUACUUUCCCAGUAGAUGAUUGUACCAGACUGUCUUCCUUUUGUCUUAGAUUCAUACAUUAACACUAUUUUGUUCCAAGAUCAGUAUGUGAGUAAUGGAUCUCUUUAAUGGCAGCUACCAUGACAACAAUUUGCUUCAA